AUCCCACAAGUCGCCUCUCUGUCCUGGUUCACCACGGCUGUGCCUUUGAUCCUGGUGCUGGCAAUGACUGCGGUCAAAGAUGCCAGCGAUGACAUAAACAGACAGAGAUGUGACAGGCAGGUGAAUAACCGGCAAGUGAACGUCCUCGUCGAUGGAGAACUAAAAAAAGAAAAAUGGAUGAAUGUUCAGGUUGGAGACAUAGUGAAACUGGAGAGUAAUCAUUUUGUCACAGCAGACCUCCUGUUGUUGUCCAGCAGUGAGCCUCUCAAUCUGGUCUAUGUGGAAACUGCUGAGUUAGAUGGUGAAACCAAUCUAAAAGUGAAGCAGGCCCUGACUGUAACUGGAGAGAUGGGAGACAAUAUUGAAGCUUUUUCUACCUUCAGAGGUGAAGUUCGAUGCGAGCCUCCCAACAACCGCUUAGACAAGUUCAAAGGAAACCUGACGGUUAAAGGACAAACUUACGGUCUGGACAAUGACAAAGUCCUGCUCAGAGGAUGUACUCUGAGAAACACCGAGUGGUGCUUCGGUCUGGUCAUCUUUGGAGGUCCUGACACAAAGCUCAUGCAGAACAGUGGGAAGACAACAUUUAAACGGACCAGCAUUGAUCACCUGAUGAAUGUCCUGGUGUUGUGCAUUUUUGGGUUCCUGGUGACUAUGUGUCUUAUUCUGGCCAUCGGCAAUGCAAUCUGGGAGGUGAAGGAGGGCUCCGUGUUCACGGUGUUUCUCCCUCGUGAAACCGGCGUUAACGCUGCUCUGUCAUCCUUCCUGUCCUUCUGGUCCUACGUCAUUGUCCUCAACACCGUGGUGCCAAUUUCUCUUUACGUCAGUGUGGAGAUCAUCCGUCUUGGGAACAGCUUCUUCAUUGACUGGGACAGGAAGAUGUAUUACCCAAAGAACGACACUCCUGCUCAGGCGAGGACCACCACACUCAACGAGGAGUUGGGACAAAUUAAAUACAUCUUCAGUGACAAGACCGGCACCCUGACGCAGAAAAAUGCGAGAAGGAAAAUGUGUCCAGAAGCAGCAGAGGAGCCGACAGUGAUGGAAGCUCGAGCAGGAUUGUUCUGGCUCCAGAAGACAAAGACGGUGCAGGACGAGGACGUGGACGGAGACUACGGUCUGGUUAUCAACGGACACAGUUUGGCCUUUGCUCUGGAGAAGGACUUGGAGCUGGAGCUGCUGAGAACUGCAUGCAUGUGUCAGACUGUGAUUUGCUGCAGGGUCACUCCUCUGCAGAAAGCCCAGGUGGUCCAGCUGGUCAAGAAAUACAAGCAGGCUGUCACUCUUGCCAUCGGGGAUGGAGCCAAUGACGUCAGCAUGAUCAAGGCUGCUCACAUUGGAGUUGGAAUCAGUGGUCAGGAGGGGAUGCAGGCAGUUCUCUCCAGUGACUUCUCCUUUGCUCAGUUCCGUUACCUCCAGCGUCUCCUGCUGGUGCACGGUCGCUGGUCCUACCUUCGCAUGUGCAAGUUUCUACGGUACUUUUUCUACAAGAACUUCACCUUCACCUUCGUGCACUUCUGGUAUGCCUUCUUCUGUGGCUUUUCUGCACAAACAGUGUACGACGAGUGGUUCAUCACGUUGUACAACUUGAUGUACACGGCUCUUCCUAUCCUCAGCUUGUGCCUCUUUGACCAGGACGUCAGUGACCACUGGAGCUUCCAGUAUCCUCAGCUCUACUCUCCCGGCCAGCUGAACAUGUAUUUUAGCAAAAACGCCUUUGUGCGCUGUAUGAUGCACAGCUGCUACAGCUCCCUCAUCCUUUUCUUCAUCCCAUGGGCCGCCAUGCGCGACACAGUUAGAGAUGACGGCGGGGAUAUUGCAGACUAUCAAUCCUUUGCUUUACUGGCACAGACUUGUAUUCUUGUAGUGGUGAGCGCACAGCUGUGUCUGGACACACAUUACUGGACAACAGUGAAUCAGCUGUUUGUGUGGGGCAGCCUGGCUACCUACUUUGCUGUGACUUUCACCAUGUACAGCAGCGGCAUGUUUCUCAUCUUCACAUCGGUUUUUCCCUUCAUUGGCACAGCAAGGAACUCUUUAAACCAGCCAAAUGUGUGGCUUACAAUCUUCCUGAUUUCCCUUCUUUGCGUUUUGCCUGUGGUGGCUCUUCGCUUUAUUCUCCUGCAGAUUCGUCCAACUAUCAAUGACAAGGUGAGAUAUAUGGUGAGAGAGGAGGUGCUGCCAUCACCUGCACCUCGCCGCCCACCUGUCAGGCGUAUCAGCACCCGUCGGUCAGGUUAUGCCUUCUCCCACUCACAGGGCUAUGGGAACUUGGUAACCUCUCAGUGGUUCUUGCUCAAGAGACCCCUGAAAGGUCGAUCCAUCUUGUUUACCCAAACAGACUCAGCCCUGGCUGAAAAUAAACCGCAGCAGUACCGCACCAUAACUGAAGAGCCGGAGGAGUCGCAGAGCUCACUGAGUUAGAUGUGCUCAAAACACUGGAGGAUGGAUUUUAUUUUUAUUUUUUUUAACUCAGACUUAAAUGAGUGCAACGCAGAAAUCACAGCCUUGGAGGGAUUAAAGAAUAACGUUUUAUAAUAAAUACAGAUAUUGCUCUGAAAAUGUGCAACUAUAAUCGUUAAGAUUUUGCUUCGUUCAGUAAGUAACUUUUAUAGUUUACGGUAUUUUUUAAUCUACAUGUAAUUAGCAAGUGUAUUAAUUUAAAGGCAAGAAAUCAAUAAAAAAAAACAUUUGUUUUUGUACAAUUUCAUUGGUU